CUUCAACACAGACGCACCAAGUAGUUUUAAUGUGUGUCAUCAACCGACUCCUCUGAAUACACAACAGGCUUUUAAGUGAUCCGCCCCCGGAGAGGAAGCACAGGCUCAUAUCAAGCUGAAUAUGGUUUAUGAGGGAGGAGUGAGUGAGAGAGGUUCAUCGGUCUGCAUCAUUCGCUGAAUAAGCUGGGUUAUUUCUUCCAAUGCGAGCAGAGACCUUCACGAUCUUCAUUUUCUGGACUUAACUAGCACGGCCGUUCAUUGACAUCAUUCAUGUUUCUAAUGUGUCUCUCAGUGGGGAAGUGAAGACGGUAUUUAUUUAUAUUUUUAAGGCGAGUUGUUUUUUAUCACCUCUUAUCAUUGCUGGAAAUCCUCUGUCUGCACGGUGGGCAUCCCAAACAAAGAAGCGACUUUUGGUUCCAUUGAUGUGCGCCGUCUGCAUCCUCUCCGCCCCUCGGGGGGUCUGUGGGAAAUCGAGGCUGAGGGAAGAGGACAUCAGAGGCUGCGUGGGGAGUCACGAGACAUGAUGGCUCCAUCCGAAGUUUAACAAACCAGAAGCGUCUCCCCGAACAGGUGUGAAGCACCGACCUUGUCGGCCGAGCUCGGGGUAGCUGCCGGGCCGCAGCGAUGGUCGUUGAGGCGAGGUUCCCUCCCUCCUCAUCAUCAGUGACCUCGCCCUUCAUCUCACCAUGCUGAAAGACCCCGUCGCCACCUCCUGCUACAUCGUGGUGGAGCUGCUGAUUGCCGUGUUCUCCGUGCUGGGCAAUGUGCUGGUCUGCUGGGCCGUGUGCCUCAACAGCAACCUGCAGAGCAUCACCAACUUCUUCGUGGUGUCGCUGGCGGUGGCCGACAUCGCCGUCGGCGUCCUGGCCAUUCCCUUCUCCAUCGUCAUCAGCACCGGCUUCUGCUCCAACUUCUACGGCUGCCUCUUCAUCGCCUGCUUCGUGCUGGUUCUCACUCAGAGCUCCAUCUUCAGCCUGCUGGCCAUCGCCAUCGACCGCUACAUUGCAAUCAAGAUACCGCUGAGGUACAUCGGCUUGGUGACGGAUCAGCGGGCUCAAAGCAUCAUCGCCAUCUGCUGGGUUUUAUCCAUCGUCAUCGGCCUGACCCCCAUGAUGGGCUGGCACGAGCGGUCCACGAGCCCCAACAUCACCUGCCCGGCCGGCCUGAUGAGGUGCCUGUUUGAGGAGGUGGUGGUCAUGGAGUAUAUGGUCUACUUCAACUUCUUUGCCUGUGUGCUCAUCCCCCUGCUGCUGAUGUUGGCCAUCUACCUGUGCAUCUUCAUGGCUGCUCGCCGCCAGCUCAAACUGAUGGAGGUGAAAGCGGUCCAUGGCGAGAAUUCCCGCUCCACGCUGCAGAAGGAGGUCCAAGUCGCCAAGUCUCUGGCCAUCAUCGUCGGGCUGUUUGCCGUCUGCUGGCUGCCGCUACACAUCAUCAACUGCUUCACCCUCUACUGUCCUCAGUGUGAGCGGCCUCCCGCCUGGAUCAUGUACGUGGCCAUUAUCCUGUCCCACGCCAACUCCGUGAUCAACCCCUUCAUCUACGCCUACCGCAUCCGGGAGUUCCGACAAACCUUUCGCAAGAUCAUCUGGCGCCACAUCCUGGGCAAGCAGGAGCUGCUGGGGAGCGGCAGCAGCACUCGCGGCUCCAGCAGGUUUACGACCAACAGCCUGAGCUUUGACCUCUUCACCGAACACAGCGGCAGCUUCCGCUCCUACCGCUGCCUGACUCACAUGUCGCCUGUAGAGGGCGGCGUGGUGGAAGUGUCCCGCCCCCCUCUGUCGGUCAUCAUCUCCCACUGUCCUAGAAUAGGCCCUUGUCCACUCAGACGGACUCAAAUCCCCAGAGGGCAGCAGCAGCAGCAGCAGCAGCUGGACUGCGCUGGACCCGAAGUCCUGGAGGAUAAGGACAAACAGAACCUCGGCUCCGGCCGGGUUUCCUCGGUGUUGAGCAGAAAGAGCUGCUUUAGCGAGCUGGCAAAGGUGUUGUGACUCGUUCACUGAUGGAGAAGGAACACUGUGAGCGGAUAAUGUCACGAAGAUGAUGGAAAUCUCCUCGCCAUGAGAAACACUAUUUAAACACAGGGAUGUGUUAAUUUAAACCAGACUAAAAGUCCAAGAGCACUGCUAGUGACCCAAAGAGGUUGUGUAGCCUCACAUCACCACUCGUGACACCUCGACCGACACUUCUUUAUUUGUUCAGGCACUUCACACUUCACCGAUGGCUUCGCAUUCAACUCAACAAACAAGGUUACGAAAUGCUUACGGAGAGUUAAUGUCUCAUCCAGCUGCCGAGAUGGAAAAGAAGAUGCAGGAUUGACCUCCACUCCCUUGAAUCUACUUGUUUACCAGCAGGUUGAAGUAUGCCUGUAAAUAGCAUCCUGCCAUUUCUGGUAUUUGGCUGAGGACGAAGACUUUUUAACACAUUGUUGGUACAUUUUUUAAUUGUUCAGGGAUGGGAAGUGUGGAUAAACACGCACUCUGAUGGAUUUCAUCCUACAACACAUCACCAUGGGCAGAGGAUUAUGUCUUAUGCAGUCUUGCCCCCUCAUGUGCACCAUAUUAAGAUGCAGUCCACCCUGAGGACCUGCACAGUGUCACCCGUCUGCUUACAGAGGUUCACGCUCAUUUGUAGAAGGUUUUAAAUGUUUCACAUUCGGCUUUUCCCCUCUUCUCACAUUGUGAUCCAGCUGCAUAACAUCGACCAACAGCAACAGUACUUCCCCCGGUGGCAGAUUGGUUCAUCUGAGCGAUGUAAUGUUUCACAUGUGUAAAAGCUCCAGUGAUGCGAUGCUGCCAUGUGACCUUGUGUUUUUUGUUUGCUCGGUGUGUCAAUGUGACUUGUUUAAAUUAUAUUCAUGUUAACGUC